AUGUUGCGUACCUCGGCCAGUCAGGCUCUGUAUUUAAACACGUCUCACCUCCCUGCUUUGCAUAAAUCCUUAUCUCUAGAGACACUGCAGCAACAACCGCCACCAACCAUUCAACGCACUCUUCAGCCAGCGCCAAGCCUUGCAUACAGCAGCCCAUCAUCUUCAGCUCGAGGUUCCAGCGUCUUCCAUUUUCAGCCCUCGACCUCAAUUAAAAGACCCAGAGUCAUCCAUCCCAUCUCGACUUGUUCGCAAACACGCACCUUUACCCAGUCACGCCAUACAGCAGCAGCAACAGCAGUAUCAGCAGCCAUGUCGUCAAAGCUCAUCCCUUCAAAGCCUGAGGAUGUCAUGGUUAUCCGCAAUGUCACUCCCAACAUCGCCACCUUCUCCGUGCCCUUUUCCCGCUACGGAAAGAUCAAGAUCGGCGGCCGGGGCACCCUGGUGAAGCUCACCUCGGGCAGCCUCGCCGUCUUCUCCCCUGUGGCCCUCACCGAGGCCGCCAAGGCCAAGGUCACAGAGAUGGGCGGCGACGUCCGCUACAUCGUCGCCCUCGACUAUGAGCACCACAUCUUUGUCUCGGAGUGGGCAAAGGCGUACCCCUCUGCAAAGCUCAUCGGUCCAGAGGGUCUCCCUGAGAAGCGCGCCAAGCAGCAGGACGACCCCAAGAUCGGCAGCGAGGAGUUCGCCGUCGUCUUCAAGAAGGACAACAAGCGCGAGAUCCGCAUCGACCCCGAGUUCGACGCCGACUUUGACUACGAGUACGUCGACGGGCAUGCCAACCUCGAGAUCGUCUUCCUGUACAAGCCCGAGCGUGUCGUCAUCCAGGCCGACCUGCUCUUCAACCUGCCGCCCACCGAGCAGUACAGCAAGGUGCCCGAGGCCGAGGUGCCCCAGGACGGUGCCAUCGGAAAGGUCUUUGCCUGUGUGCAGAACCCUCGGGGUGACGUCAAGUGGCUGAGGCGCUUCAACUGGUACGUCGCAUCCAAGGACAAGAACAGCUUCAACGAGAGCAUGGAGCGUAUCGCCCAGUGGGAUUUCGUCACCAUGAUUCCCUGCCACGGAGACGUCAUGGAGGGCGAUGGCAAGGAGAUCUUCCAGAAUGUGUUUGAGUGGCAUCUCAAGGCCCACAAGUGA